GACCAGCAAGGAGGCCAUUCUGGCUGCGUGAGGGGAAGAAUGAUGGAGAUGAGGCCAGAGAAACAACGCAGGUGGAGAGAAGUGGUCCCGUGCUGCAGAUAUUUUGAAGAUCCACCGUGGGCGCCCUGCUGGCAUCCGAGCUGGGAUGGAAAUUCUAUGACGCUGACGACUACCACCCGGAGGAGAAUCGAAUGAAGAUGGCAAGAGGGAUUCCGCUCAACGACCAGGACAGGAUUCCGUGGCUCUGCAAUUUGCAUGACAUUUUACUAAGAGAUGUAACCUCAGGACAGCGUGUGGUUCUAGCCUGUUCAGCCCUGAAGAAAAUGUACAGAGAUAUCUUAAUAAGAGGAAAAGAUGGUGCAGCUCUGAAGAGUGAGGAGUUGGGAGAGGAGAAGCCAGGUGAUGUGCAGCUCUUCGUGGUCCACCUGAGCGGGUUGUUCGAGGUCAUCUCUGGACGCUUACUCCAAAGAAAGGGGCAUUUUAUGCCCCCUGAGUUACUGCAGUCCCAGUUUGAGACUCUGGAGCCCCCAGCAGCUCCAGAAAACUUUAUCCAAAUAAGUGUGGACAAAAAUCUUCCAGAGAUAAUUGCUACAAUUAUGGAAACUCUAAAAACAAAAUGAAAAUCGUUUUGUAGCCAUGGUCCGGACAGAAUUAGGCAUAAAUCUCUAUCCCAUCCCAAACAUUGUUCCAGUCUCCUGGCCCUUGCGGUAUUCUAAAUUCUUAUGGUGAACAAACCGCAAUGUGUCAACUUGUUUGGAUGUAUUUUUAGGAAUCAUGUGCUGGCACAUCCAGAGAAGAGGAGAGGGAGUUUUAAAAGUCAAGUUUAAAUUGAAGUUUAAAUCCAUCUGUGACCCAAUCAAAUGAUCAGAGGAAAUUCUGUAAUCAACAAUGGAAAUCAUGUUUAGAACAUUCUUGCUCAUGCCUAUAUUGGUACAAAUAAAGGAAACUUGGCGAUUCCCUGGAAAUUGGUCUCAGGAGCAGAAACUUGUACAAAAUCAGCCUCCCACCAGCAAGUCUCCUCACACCACGCACCUCCCAAUCCUCUCUCUGUCCUGGAGCUGCGGUUCAGAGCAGUGGCUCUUACGCUAAGGUCCCAAAAGGUAGUACUGGGACAAGCAAACUUUGUCCAGUUCCUCAAACAGCCCAAUGCAAAUAUGUUCACCAGCAGCAACGCCAGGUUUCUUGCCUUUUGGCUAAAAUUAUGUCAACUCGAAGCGGGAACUCUGUCUCUGCUGAGCACUUGUGAGAUACAUAGAUAUAAUUUAAACAUAGAAAAGUUAAAAAUUCCUAUGUGAAAGGUAGAGUUUGGUCAACAAAAUUUGGUAUGAUAAUAAAAGGACUCAUUUUGGUAGAAUAAAGAUUGAAAACAAUUA